AUGGGUGAAACUGCCAUUAUUCCCUUUGCGUGUAUCGUCAUAUCUAGCCUGCUUAUCUUUUUUGCCCGGAUCAUACUGCGUGAACGUGGCCAAGUCCUUGCGGCAGAGACUACUGAUUUAAAGACAAUUUACCAUACACCGAGUGAAAACCGUUCAGUCAUUGCGGCCGAGAUAAUUCACGGUGCGAGAAAUCAGUAUACAAAAUACGAAUCCAAAAGCGUCCCAAGCGAACCGAUACAGCGAGGAUUUAGAAUUCAAAAUGCUUUUACAAGCGACAAUAAAUCCUACGUUGAGGAAUUUGUUAAGAUAUCAAGGAAUUUGAUCAACAUAUCAAGUGACAACUGGGAGAUUAUUGUUUCAGCGACUCAAGACGCUGUCAGGCGAUGGAAAAGCGACGCGCAAGGUGCUUGCGAAUCUCGACGUGAAGUUGAACUCGUACCUAUGGUACAGUCAAUAACUCUGAACGCUGUUCUGACAGCUUUUUUCUUCCUUAGGAAAAAGGUUACUACCAACGACGUCACCUUCAAAUCCCUUAGUAACCUGGCUGAGGCUAUCAAUGAAACAUGGAUUAUGUCCAAGAAAGAAGACACCUUCAUACCAUUCGAACAGAAUGAUAAAUUACGAUCAGCCCUUAUUGAGGUGUUACCAGACGGGAAUAUCUCGGAUCCCUGCGAGAACCCGUUAAACUUGAUAUUACCUGGUUUUGAAACCAUGUGGCGAGUGGUCUUACGAGGCUUUCUUGAGGUCGCAUACAAAGCAGGUAAAGAGCAUCCAAACUGGAGGGAAGCGCUCAUAGGCUACUCUGAAAAGCCUACCGCAGAGCAAUUCAAGCGAGCCUCUUCACCGGACGGGGCAGCCUGGAAGGAAGCCAAUUUCCCUGAACCGAAGAUCAUCGCCGCGGAUGUUGAAGCUUGCCAUCUGUCAACAAGCAUCUGGGGAAAAACAGCUGGAAAAUUCGACCCUUUACGUUGGCAAAAAUUGACAAAGGAGCAAGAGGAAGCGUUUUUAGCUUUUGGUUCUAAGCCGUUUGAAUGCCCAGCAAAACCAGUGUUUGGGCCACGGCUAGUAGGUGUACUGGUUGGAACCUUACUUGAUGCAUUUCCGCAUCACUGGACGUUGGUUUCAGCCUAUGGAGAUGCAGUGGAAUUCGGCACGGAGAGACUGAGUAACGAGAGAAUGGGAUGCUAUGGUUUGUAUCUAGAAUUGAUUCGCGACUAA